CCAGUCUUUCUUUAAUCUCUCAUCUACUUUGGCCUCUGAUUUUGAGGCCCAGGGUCAGCCACUGCAAUUUUUCUUUUGUGAAUCAUAAUUGUGGAACUGAACUACUUCAUUUCAGUGAAGGAGGAAAACAACCAUGCAGAGGUCACUGAAAUGAUCCUGGAAAUGUCCCUUGAAGUUUGCUCAUCCCCAGACCUCCGAUUUAGCAUGGCUCUGUGUGAUCAGGAGAAAGCUUUCAGAUACCAGAGGAAAGAAAACAUAAAGGAGAACAUGAAGAAACUCCUGGGUCCAAAGAACAGUGAAGGCUUGUGUUCUACACGUGAUGUACCUGUGGUCGCCAUACUGGGCUCAGGUGGGGGGUUUCGAGCCAUGGUAGGAUUCUCUGGCGUGAUGAAGGCACUGUAUGAAUCAGGAAUUUUGGAUUGCACUACCUAUGUUGCUGGUCUUUCUGGUUCCACAUGGUACAUGUCAACCUUAUAUUCUCACCCUGAUUUUCCAGAGAAAGGGCCAGAGGAGAUUAAUGAAGAGCUAAUGAAAAAUGUUAGCUAUAACCCCCUUUUACUUCUCACACCACAGAAAGUUAAAAGAUAUGUUGAGUCUUUAUGGAAGAAGAAAAGGUCUGGACAACCUGUCACUUUUACUGAUAUCUUUGGGAUGUUAAUAGGAGAAACACUAAUUCACAAUAGAAUGAACAUUACCUUGAGUAGUUUGAAGGAAAAAGUCAAUACAGCACAAUGCCCGUUACCUCUUUUCACCUGUCUGCAUGUCAAACCCGAUGUUUCAGAACUGAUGUUCGCAGAUUGGGUUGAAUUUAGUCCAUAUGAGAUUGGCAUGGCUAAAUAUGGUACUUUUAUGGCUCCUGACUUAUUUGGAAGCAAAUUUUUUAUGGGAAAAGUUGUGAAGAAAUACGAAGAAAACCCCUUGCAUUUCUUAAUGGGUGUCUGGGGCAGCGCCUUUUCUAUAUUGUUCAACAGAGUCUUGGGAGUUUCCAGUUCACAAAAUAAAGGUUCCACCAUGGAGGAAGAAUUAGAAAACAUUACGGCAAAGCAUAUCGUGAGUAAUGAUAGCUCGGAUAGUGAUGAUGAAUCACAAGAACCCAAAGGCACUGAAAAUGAAGAUGCCGAAAGGGAAUAUCAAAAUGAUAAUCAAGCAAGUUGGGUCCAUCGUAUGAUAAUGGCCUUGAUGAGUGAUUCAGCUCUAUUCAAUACCAGGGAAGGACGUGCUGGGAAGGUUCACAACUUCAUGCUGGGCUUGAAUCUCAAUACAUCUUAUCCACUGUCUCCUUUCAGAGACUUCACCACACAGGACUCCUUAGAUGAAGAUGAACUGGAUGCUGCUGUAGCAGAUCCUGAUGAAUUUGAACAAAUAUAUGAACCUCUGGAUGUCAAAAGUAAAAAGAUUCACGUAGUAGACAGUGGCCUCACAUUUAACCUACCUUACCCCUUGAUCCUGAGACCUCAGAGGGGAGUUGAUCUCAUCAUCUCCUUUGACUUUUCUGCGAGGCCAAGUGACUCUAGUCCUCCGUUCAAGGAACUUCUACUUGCAGAAAAAUGGGCUAAAAUGAACAAGCUUCCCUUUCCAAAGAUUGACCCUUAUGUGUUUGAUCGAGAAGGACUAAAGGAGUGUUAUGUCUUUAAACCCAAGAAUCCUGAUGUAGAGAAAGAUUGCCCAACUAUCAUCCACUUCGUUCUGGCCAACAUCAACUUCAGAAAGUACAAGGCUCCAGGUGUUCCAAGAGAAACUACAGAAGAGAAAGAAAUAGCUGAUUUUGAUAUUUUUGAUGACCCGGAAUCACCGUUUUCAACCUUCAACUUCCAAUAUCCAAAUCAAGCAUUCAAAAGGCUUCAUGAUCUGAUGUACUUCAAUACUCUGAACAACAUCGAUGUGAUAAAGAAUGCCAUCAUUGAAAGUAUCGAAUACAGAAGGCAGAAUCCAUCUCGUUGUUCUGUUUCCCUCAGUAACAUUGAGGCAAGAAAAUUUUUCAACAAGGAGUCUCUAAGCAAACCCACAGCAUAAUUUGUGUGCCGGAAAGAGCAGCAAUUUCCGAUGGUGAGGGAGUUUGAAAUUCCAUGACAACUGGAUUUAAAAGCACAUUAGUACUGAUCACAAGAGACUGGCUAAUACUCAAAGUUGUAGUUAUUUAGCUGCAUGAGAAUAAUACCCUUAGAAGUUCGUUAGGUUAGCAGAUGGUGUUGGUUAUGUAAAAAUAUACUCAGCUACAUUUUUUUAUCAGUAGGAAUUUCCUGAUGCAAAUGUAGGGACAUAUACUGUAUUUUUAGACAUUCCUCACCAACUAUCUUCUGUGUCCUCUUUUUAAAACCUUGGCUUCUUUUUAGCAUAUUUAACAUUUCAGUCUCAAUAAGUAAGACUUUGCAUAAUGUGUGAAUAUCAUUCACUGACUGGAUUUAUUCAUGCCAUGAGACAACACUAUUUUUUAUUUAAAUGCAUUUAUACAUAUACAAAAUAAAUACAUCUAUAUGUAAAUUAGCAUGAGACAACUGAGUUGUAUUAUUUUUAAUGAGAUAUUGCACCAUUGGCUGUGAGAGUCUCAGAUUCAUGCUUUCGAAUGCAAAAGUUGUUAAUCUUGUAUUCAAAUAUGAAACAUCGAUUUAAAUCAUGGCUAUUUUUCAUAAAAGAGAAAGUGUGCAUUAAUUGUUAAGCAAAUGGCAUAUAUUUAUUCAGCAAGUAGAAAAAAAUGUAACCACUUCUAGUUUAACGUUUUACUUUGCUAAGGUUAUCCUGGACUGUGUAUCCACCACUGGAGAAAAAUCCAGAAGAGUAGCAAGGGCUGAAUAUGCAAGACUUGUCUUCAGGAGAGUCUGCAUUGCACGGCUACUGGUUCAGUUACGGUUGAACUGCUAAGGUUCUGGGUUGGUUUUCCAAACAUAAGGGCUUCCUCAUUCUUUCUUUACCGCGUCUAUUCAUUUGUCUUCUUUCAUCUCACCUUUCGUUUGUGGGGGAGGAACAAACUUUCCUCUAUUCUCACGGUUCUUCUGGCUGGUCUAACAGUCAAAUAGAUGUGAGACAGAUUAGCAAGAGGAAAUUACCAAAUUUAAUACAUACGUAUGUGUGGGAACCCCACGUAUGUGAGUCAGAGACCCCCACAUGCACAAGAGUUCCAGAGGUAGAAAGGGAAAAUGAGUCCAUGAGACAUCAAGAGCUAGGGAUGAGGUGAAAUGCCUUGGGAACUUCAGAAGAUUAUUUCAGGAUGAUAAGAAAAGCAGACCUUUAGUAAAUAGCAGUUUGCUCUGCCCUAUAGUUAGAUCAAAAGAAGUUAUCUUUGAUAAUCUCUUAUGGGUGAGGCCUCUAAUUCAAAUUCUUCUAGGUAAUUAAGGGAGGGUGUGGGGCAGAAGUUUCUCUUGAGCCUGUGGCUAAAGUUGCCUUUAGUUCAAAACAAUCCGCAUACACAGAAGCACAUGUUGGGGUGACUCGUGGUGAGGCCCCACACAUUCACAUUUCUACCUGUGAGGAAAGAUUAAAAAAAAUAAUAAAGAAGGGAGCACUUGAAAGUUUGUUCUUUUACUGGUUGAUUUAUUCAUAUGACAAAUGAGUGCCCACUACAGGCCAUCGGACAUGUUGAAGGAUCUGGGGAUACAGCAGGGGACAAAACGGACAAAAGCGUCCGUCUUCGAGGACCGUACAUUCUAAUGGAGGUCACCAACGACGAACAAGACAAAUAAGUAUCUAGAAUGUUAGUGAUAAGCACCAGGGAGAAAAUUAAAGAAGGGAAGGGAGGAGAUGAGACGUGUUGGUGGUAUGUAAUUUAAAAUGGGACCCUGGAGAAGAUCGUAAUGAGAUGGUGACAUUGGAAUAAAGAUGUGAAGGGUCUCAGGGGACAGGACCUGUGGAUAUUGAAGGGAAGAGCAUUCCUGGCCAGGGGAGCAGCCAAUGCAAAUGCUUGAAGGUGGAGCGCCAGGCAUAUCCCAAAGCAGAGAAGAGAUCACUGUGCCCAGAGCUGAGUGGGAGAUAAUUCUUUUUGAGUUAAUUAUAUGAGCAAGAGUUUGGAAGAGUGUAUUAAAUUAGUGCUUGGGGCAGAAAUUAAAAAAAAAAAAAAAAUUCUUGCCUCAACCUGUUGCCAUGAUAUAAUCUUAUGUGGAGAAAGUAAAUGAAUAAACCGAGUAGAGUUUUG